AUGUAUUUAGGAUAUGUGUUGGAAGACAAAAUUCGGGAGCAAUUAAUUAAAAUUUCCCUGACCCGUUACAUCAAACUUCCUUAUUUAGAAGCCCAAGCAAUGAAAAACAAGAUGCGGAAUAUUCUUUUAUUAGAUAUUCCUCUGUUAAGUUUAUACUUUGCUGGUGGUAAUAAAGGGCAAAACUUUAACCAAAUCUUUUAUCAAAGUGCGGAUACUUUACUUACCCUUGGAUUAACCAUUAUUUCUCUACAAGAUAAAAAAGGCAUUUUGAUAGUGUUAGGAGCAGUAUUUUUUACUUUGUUUUUAGUUGCUUCCUUACAAUGGCUAAUAAUGAAAAGGGAAAAGAAAUUCAAGCAAGCAUUAGAACAAGAGAAUCAAAAAAUUGAUAAUUUAUUGGACAAUGUUGAAUUAUUGAAGAAGAAAGAGUUAAGCGGAAUUUUCUUAAAAGAAGUUAAACAAGUAAUAAAAAAGAAUAUUAAAAAGAGGAUUAAAGACAAAACUUUAAUUGUGGCCAAUGGGGUUUAUCCUAGUCAAUUUCUGCCCCGAGCUACCGGAAUAGUUCUGUUUUUCUUUACUUUAAACAUUGAAGCUGCCACCUUAACCGAUAAUGCUCUCAAACAACUAAAAAGUGUUUUAAAAAAAGCAAAACCUCGGUUUUUAGAACCAAUUAAAAAAAUUGAAUUACGUAAUAUUUAUUUUCGCUAUCCUAGCCAAAAAAACUAUCUUUUAAAAAACCUUAACAAAACCUUUACGGCAGAGGAAAUUACCAAAUUGGAAGGGCGAAAUGGUACCGGUAAAUCUACUAUUAUUUUGCUUAUUCUAGGACUAUUGAAACCUCAAAAAGGAGAAAUUGUUAUUAAUAACCAUCAUGAAUUACAGGAAAUUAAUUUAGAACACUGA